AUGACGUAUUCAAUAAUAGCUCUUUGUGUAUUAUUGACAGUUGUGCACGGAAAUGUUGAGGAAAGGAUGGAGAGACUGAUGGGUUUGCAAUAGACUUAUUAGCACACUCAAUCAGAAAGCUUUUUCUACUACACCCAGGUGGCAAAAUGCAGUUUGAAGAGUAUAUCAAAUUGGAAUUGUGGUUCAUUUUGCGAUCACCAUCCAGAUAUGGUAGAGGUGAAGGCAUUCUAUAAGUCUGAUCACCAUGCAUAGGCAUAUGUCGGAUAUAACAAGAAGGAAAAUUUGGUGGUUGUGGUGUACAGAAGUACUUAGGACUUUAUCAAUUGGUACAAUAACAUCAAGUUCUUUAAGCAUGAUUUUGGAGAUUGCAAGAAUUGCAAAGUUCAUUUAGGAUUUUGGGAAACUUACGAUGACGUAUCAGCCGAGGUGUUGGCUGCUGCAAAACAUUUGAAAGAGAAGUAUCCCACUUCGAAAUUGUUGGUGACUGGCCAUUCCUUGGGUGGUGCAGUGGCUUAUUUGGCUGCAGUUGAUUUGAAGAAACUCGGAUACAACGUCGACUAUUUCUUUACUUAUGGAUCUCCUCGUAUUGGAAGUCAUGAGUUUGCUGUUUGGUUUACUAGUUUUGUUGGAGCUACAGAACAUUGGAGAGUGACUCAUUACAGGGAUAUGGUUAUUCAUUAGCCACCCUCUUCAUUCUCUUACAAGCACCCUCCCCAAGAAGUUUGGUAUGCUCAUGACAACAAGUCAUACAAGAUUUGUUCAGGUGGAAUUGAUGAGGAUCCAACUUGUGCCAAUUCAAUCAUUGGUGACUCUGCUGCAGAUCACACCAGUUAUUUCAAUGUCAGUGGAUCAUGCACAGAAGAAUUCACAGAGGAUAUUGAAAUUUGA